AUGGAACCGACUCAGAACAGGAGAAAACUCUUGCCAGUCGACGAGCUCCCUAUACGAUCGUCGGCUCCCGUGCCCCGUCCGAGGCCGACCGUCCCGGUGGACCGAAAGUUGUCCAGGCCACUCCUCCCAACGGUCACAGGCCAGAACGGGCCCUUGACCGCGAAUCCAGGCUUCAUCAGAUGCGAGCCUCCAUACCACUCACGACAGUUUCCUGACGACAUCAACAUAAAACAGUACCGAGCGUUGUGGACUAGGCUGCAUCGGGAGGCUCAGCGGCUCGGAGCAAUGGGGUCAACGCCCAAGCCGAAAUCAUGGAGGGCGGUAAAGCUUUGGGGCGGAUUGGAGAGACAAUGCUCGUGGGAUAUAUUACCGUCAUUACCGCUCCCCUGGGUGGGUAUCGGCUGGUCGCACUCUGUGGUUGCCUUCAUUGCAAGACGAUGUCGGAGAGGAUCUCGAUUGGAACCACCCGGGCGAGACACGCCGCAGAACCCGAGCUCGGAGAUUCAGGCACUGCUGCUUCACAAACACUGCGGUCUGAUUUCGGACCCGCGGUGGGGCGAUGCCAACCUCGUGUUCCCAUUUGCCGUCUAUGAAGCCAAGGGCUGGGGCGGCGACCCCCGUGAAGCCCGCCGACAAGCAUGUUCAGCCGGGGCGGUCUACCUCGACCUGCUAGAAGUACUGACGAAACGACCAGGCAAGCACAAGCCGGGCAAAAUCAUCGAGGAUCAAACACCGGAAAGCCGAAACACUCAAGUCUUUGUCUUCACGUCCUUCGGCGCCCACUGGCACAUUCUGGUCGGCUACAAGAGGCUCAGGCUCAAACAGGAAUAUGCCGGGCAUGAGGGCAUGAGCAAGUCUGUCUACAUUUUCCAGCGGAUCUGGAGCGCCAGGGUCGUGACUGAGAAGAAGGCCUGGGAGCUCCUCUCGCUCGUCGACCAGAUACAUCUCUGGGGCGUGACGGACCACCGGGAGUUUGUCAUCCGCCACCUGAAACCGUGGCACAGGUAUGCCGAGAGGUGCUACGCCCGCGAUGUCGAGCACAUGCUGGGGUAUGUGGAUACGGCGGGCUGGCUAAAUCCCAAAACACAUGCGCGCCAAUGGUCUGUACCUCAAAACUGCAUCCGGCUUCCCGAAUGGAUGCCGCACUUGAUCAACAACUCUCAGCAACGAUACAAACUCCUGAUCUCCAGAGCCGCCUUCCAGAUCAAAAAAGCUUUUCUGAGGCAUCAGGGCACCGCCAAGGCACGCGCGGGUGCCGGUGAGGACAUCGACGCUCCCGUUGACGGUGGCGUUUGCGUGAUUGACGACAAAGGUCGCUAUGGCACGGGUUUCCGCUCGGUGGACGAAGCCGACAGCGAUGACUCAACGCCGAUCUCAAAGAAUCCCUGGAAACACCGACGAAAGGGGUCGAAUUCAGACUCGAGGAGGUCAAAGUCGAGGUGGACAAAGUCAAAGAGGUCGAAGUCAAGGAGUUCGGAUCUGUGGAGUUCAGACUCGAGGAAUUUCGACUCGAGAAGUUUAAAACUCGAGGAGGUUAAAGUCAAGGAGUUUCAACUCGAGGAGGUUAGACUUAAGGAGUUCAGACUCGAGGAGGUCAGACUAAAGGAGGCUAAAGUCGAGGAGUUUCGACUCGAAAAGUUCAGAAUCAAGGAGGUUAAAGUCGAGGAGUUUCAACUCGAGGAGGUCAAAGAGUUUCGACUCGAGGAGGUCAAGGUCGAGGAGGUCAAGGUCGAGGAGUUUCGACUCGAGGAGUUUCGACUCGAGGAGGUCAAGGUCGAGGAGGUUAAAGUCGAAGAGGUCUAA